UAUUGAGCACAUCUUUCGCUCCUACUAGCACCGUCAAUAUGUGAAAUUGUUUGUUGGCUAAUUUUCACAAGCUAGUUUGUGUGGUUUAACCACUGAUAAUUAGAAAUCUUUGAAUGACAGACUCAAUGUUAGAGGAUCCAGUGCCAGAACACUAUCCUCUGAGGUUCAAAGAUCUAUCCUUUAUGAAAUCUGGAACAGAAAAUAAGUCCUUGCAACUGAUUGCUAAGUUGUCCAAUACACAAAGCUCACCAACAAUAAUAAACACUAUGAAUUGUCUGGAACAUUCACCAUUGGCACAUCUUCGACACCAAAAUCAGCUUCCAAUCUUCCCAAUUGGCCCUUUGCACAAGCUUGCUCCGGACUCCACCAGUAGCUUCCUAGAAGAAGAUGACAGCUGCAUAGCAUGGCUAGACAAGCAAGCUCAAAACUCGGUCAUAUACAUAAGCUUGGGGAGCAUAGCAUCCAUGGAUGCUAAGGAGACAGAAGAGAUGGCUUGGGGACUGGCCAAUAGCAAGCAGCCUUUCUUGUGGGUGAUACGAUCCGGCCCAAUAGUUGGAUCAGAAUGGAUAGAGUCAUUUCCAAAAGAUUUCAAAGAUUCAGUUGGAGAAAGAGGCUGCAUUGUGAAAUGGGCACCCCAGAAACAAGUAUUGGCACAUGAUGCAGUGGGAGGGUUUUGGAGCCAUUCUGGAUGGAAUUCAACACUGGAAAGUGUAUGUGAAGGGGUUCCAAUGAUAUGCAGACCAUGUUUUGGCGACCAAAACGGGACUGCAAGGUAUGUUAGCCAAGUAUGGAGAGUAGGUUGGCAGUAUGAGAAUAAGUUGGAGCGAGGUGAAAUAGAGAAAAUUGUUCUGAGACUAAUGGUUGAAGAAGAAGGGAAGGAGAUGAGAAAGAGGGCAAGGGAUUUAAAACAUGAGAUCGAAGCUGGUAUUAGCAAUUUACAGAAUUCCUUGGAUGAGUUAGCAAAGUUUAUUAUCUCCUAUUAUGUUACUCCUUAUCAUAGCUAGAACUAUUCUGGAAGAAUGCGAAAGAAUGACCUUCCUG